AUGGCCGAUUCGAGGGCAAGCAGCUUUUCGUCGAGUUCACACAAGGAACGUGAGGAUCACCACCAGCACCACCGAAUUUCGUUCCCCAGCAUGCACUUCGGCCGCUCAAGCAAGGAGGCACCCGGCUCUUCACCGGCAGCCCUGCAUUGGAAGCUCGAGUCGCCGCCUCUCGUCAUGUAUGGCGACCACCAAACCAGCAGUGGCGCGCUACUCUCGGGCCAGUUGUUCCUAAAUGUUAAGGAAGAGGACCUGGAGGUUGCGUCGCUGGAUGCCACCCUCAGUAUCCGCGUUACCCAGAAGAGGCCAUUUGCGAACCACUGUAUUGACUGUACCACUCAGCGUACAGAGUUGAAACGGUGGGAAUUACUUCAACAUCCACUAGUUAUGGCCAAAGGCGAGCAUUCAUUCCCUUUCUCCGUGUUACUUCAAGGACAUCUUCCGGCUAGCAUGGACGGCCCGCUGGUUUCAAUUUCGUACGAGUUCAAGGCCGAGGCUGUUCCAAGGUCGGAUCACAGCGCACUGGCGCCCAUCAAGUUCGAAAAAACAGUCGAGGUCAGACGCAGUCUCCCGACCUCCGAGACACCGCACCACUCUGUCCGAGUCUUCCCUCCUACGAAUAUCAAGGCUAGCGCGUACUAUCCUCAUGUGAUCCAUCCGAUCGGCAGCUACACUCUAGCGCUCCGCCUCGACGGUAUCGCAAAACUGAACUCCAAGGUCAACACCAUCGAAUAUUGGAAGUUGAAGAAGCUCACGUGGAAGCUCGAGGAGACGACGAAGACGAUUGCACCGGCCUGCGACCGACACAGCCCGAGGCUGGGCGAGGCCACGGAUGAACAGCAGAGCAAGAAAGGCGUCAUUCGCUCGGAGAGCCGCAUUAUUGGAGAGAAGACUCUUUUCUCGGGAUGGAAGAGCAACUACACAAACGCAACGGACAGUCUUGUCGAGAUGGAGCUUGACUACAGCCUGGCAAAGAAUGCCAGAUACGCAUGUGAUAGCAGGAGUCGUGACGGAACCGAGGUGACUCAUCAGCUGGUAGUCGAGAUGGUGGUUUCACAGGAAUGGGCCCCUGUCAACAGGCCAUCUCUUGUGACACACACGGGUGUUGGGCGCAUCCUACGGAUGCAUUUCGGCACCGUCCUCACGGAGCGGGCGGGGAUCGGGAUCAGCUGGGAUAACGAGGCGCCCCCUAUUUACCAAGACGUGCCUCCUAGCCCGCCCGCUUAUUCUCAGGAGGCUAUCUCCUUCGCCGAGAAUUCGAUUGCAGAGUUAAUGACGCCACUCGACGGCGCUCACGGGGGGCUGUCACGCAGUUCCACUGACAUGGCUAUCGUUGGUGAUCUCAGAGAAGGCGCCGGGGGCGUGUGA